AUCAGCGCCACUCUCGUGGCCCUCGUCCAAGAGCGCUACCUCUCCAACUACCUGGAGAGGCAUAUGGGUAUGGUGCUGCCUCUGCUGCCCGCGGAAGUGCGCAAGUGGCAGGAAGACAACGGCCGCGAGAUGGCGAGUCUGGCAGAGCUGGGCUACAACGAGGAGAGCGGGCUCUGCUACAAGGCCUGCAUGUGCGUGGGGUGCCCGCACUACCUCGUGCCUUCCAAGAGGCUCUGCUCGCACCUGGACCCGCUGAGAAAGGACCUCCGAAUUGUGAAGGCGUUCCACAGGACGAUCAGGCUGCGGUGCAGGUCGAGUCUGGUGGCCAUCCGGGCUGCCUGCGUGGCUGGCGAGGACAUGAUUUACGGUAGGAACAGCUGCGAGGAGAAUUUCAGGCGCCACGGCGAGUGGCUGAUGGCGCACAUGGAGGCCGUGAGGGACAAGUACUUGCGGAUUCAGCACCAGCUGAGGGGAUACGUAUCAGAUUGA